CAAGACAGAAAGCUCUAAAUCUUUGUUCCAAAAAUAGUAAACCACCCACCCAAUAAACAAAUUUUGCAAGAAGAAAGCUAAAUUCUAGGAGGAAAAAAAUCCGUUAAUUGGUUUUAGCCUUUAAAUACUCUCCUCUCACUUUUACUUCUCUGAAACGCCCACUCCCCCACCAAAGAAAUUUUUUUUGUUUAAACAAUUGCAGCUUUACUGCUUAUGAUUUACGAAUGUACUCCUAUAUGACCCAAUCUUGAUGCUUUGACAUAUUCUUGCUUUUAUCUUUUGUUUCCUUCUCGUCUACAUACUCUUAGAAAUAGACCCCACUGCUAAUAAAAGGCUGGGGUCUUUUCUAGGGGUUUAUUUGUUCUAAAGUGUUGUGCAAUAAAGCUGUUUUAAUGGGGAGUUGCGUAUCAACAUCGGAUAAAAGAAUUACGACACAAAAAAGAAACCGCCCAUGGUCAAAGAAAUGUCGUGGGAAGCUUUCCGGUUCGGUCUCCGAUGGAAGCAAGAAAAGGAAAAGCAAUGGUUGUGUAACAGAUAUAGCUGUUAGCGAAUAUGUUCGUAUGGAUUUCGAGAAGGGUGCAACCACUACUUGUAGAAGAUCUGAGGUUUCCAACUCUACAUUCCAUUUAACCCAAUUGCAAUGGCAUCUUAGCCAAAUGGAUGCCAAAGUAUCUUGCCAUGAGGAUACUUGGUUUGAUUCAGUUAGUAUUAUGGAAUCGGAAUCAGAUGAGGAAUUCAUCAGUGUUUAUGGAGAUGGUUUUCCAACAAUGGGCACUGCAAUUGGGAAUAUAUCAAGCGCUCAAGUACUUCAAUACGGAGCUUCAUCAUGCUUCGUGGAAGGCAAGUGCAAAUACGAACAAUACCAUGAAAGUUACCUGAAAAUUGACGGUGGUAGAUUGAGCAAAGAAGAAACGAGAGAAUCCAACGCUCGGUUUUCAACCAUGAGUAGCCAUGGUCAUGAGCUUUCGCGCUUUGGAAAGGAGGCCGAUGACUGGAAGAAGAAGAAGCUAUUGGAUUGUUCUCAUGGAAGCUUUAAAAGUGUGAAAGAUGAAAGGCGAUCUGGCUUUUGUAAAAUGCUUCCUUCUAUCAAUUUCAAUGAGAAGAUUUUGGCAACUCAUAUGGCUUCCCAAUCUCAAAGACGAAAAUCUACCGUUUAUCGGCUUUCUGUUAAGAGGACUUCAUGUGAUGCAGAAGAAUAUUCAUCGAAACAAUUUUUAUAUCUUCCAAGAGCAGGAUAUGCAAUUCCAUGCAGCAAGGAUGAGAAAGCAAAUAGAGGCUGUUGGUCUCAGAUUCCAUCUUCAAAGUUUCAACUUCGUGGCGAGACCUAUUUUCAAGAUAAAAGGAAGUGUCCUGCAUCCGAUUUCUCCCCAUAUACUCCCAUAGGUGUUGAUUUAUUCAUAUGCCCAAGAAAGAUAAAUCACAUUGCUCAACAUGUAGAGCUUCCUCAUUUCAAACCAAAUGGGAAAAUCCCUCCUCUUCUAAUUGUAAACAUUCAAUUGCCGACUUAUCCCGCUGCAAUGUUCCUCGGCGAUGGCGACGGUGAAGGAAUGAGCCUUGUUCUUUACUUCAAAGUUUCUGAGGAUUUCGACAAUAACAUCUCUCCUCAAUGUUUGGAAAACAUUAAGAAAUUUAUUGAUGAUGAAGUGGAGAAAGUGAAAGGGUUUACGAAAGAUUCCAACGUUCUUUUCAGAGAAAGGUUGAAGAUCAUGGCCGGGUUGGUUAAUCCUGAUGAUCUCAAUUUGAAUUCUACGGAAAAGAAACUUGUCAAUGCUUAUAAUGAAAAACCAGUUCUCUCUCGCCCUCAACACAAAUUUUUUAAGGGCUCGAAUUAUUUCGAGAUUGAUUUAGACAUACAUCGCUUCAGUUUCAUAUCAAGGAAAGGACUUGAAUCGUUUCGAGAUCGUUUGAAGAAUGGAACACUUGAUCUCGGUUUAACCAUCCAGGCACAAAAACAAGAAGAAUUGCCAGAGCAAGUGUUGUGUUGUUUGAGGUUGAACAAGAUCGACUUCUCCGAUAAUGGUCAAAUCCCUACACUUAUGACAUUGGAUGAAUAAUUAACAUGUCUUUGUAUGGAGGAUCUAAGAUGUUCAAUUUUUUAAAAAGCUUAGUCACUGCAACAUUUCUAGCAUUUUAACAGAGCAAAUAAAAGAAACAUCUUUUACUGUAAAUGUAUUGAUUAAACAUUUUAUUUGGGUUGAAAUAACAUUGUAACACAAAA